AUUGGAAUCGUUGCUUGUCAUUUCCGUUCAUCUCGAAGUGUAACCGCGUUACUCGACUAAUCAUGGCGAGAAUAACCCGCUCAACAGCCAAGACGCUUGCUCGAAUGCCAACGGCGACCGCAACAUCACCUUCCAUUCCCACCGUGGCGAUGUCAUCGUCGAUCCCAUCAACCCCAUCUAGCGGUCCAUCUCCCUCUAGCACCUCCACCUCCUCUUCCCCAUCUCUCCCAACCCUUCUGUUCGAAACGGCAGCGGCAUUUGAUGCCUGGCUCUCAGAAAACCACGCCACCUCCCCAGGACUCCUGAUGAAGAUCGCCAAAAAAGGGGCGCCCGAGCCUUCCAUAACCUACGACGAAGCCGUUGAUACGGCCCUCUGCCACGGCUGGAUUGACGGACAGCGCAAUGCCCUCUCCGAGCACCACUUCAUCCAGCGGUUUACCCGGCGCCGCAAGAAAAGUGUCUGGUCCCGCCGCAAUGUCGAGAAAGUGGCGGCUCUCACGAAGGCGGGUCGUAUGCGACCCGCAGGUCAGCAGCAGGUGGAUGCCGCGAAGGCGGAUGGACGGUGGGACAGCGCCUACGCGGGGCAACGGAGUAUCACUGUGCCCGAGGACCUUCGCGUCGCUUUGGAGGCGACUCCCUCUGCACAGCAAUAUUUUGGGGGAUUGAACAAGACCCUGCGGUAUCGUGUCCUCGUGAGGAUCGAGAUGGCCAAGACCCCCGGGACGAGGAAGAAACUGGUGAGGCGGUAUGUGGAGAUUCUUGGGCAGGGAAGGACACCCUGAAGAUGGACUUUUAAGGUGUGAGGCGAAGUUGCUGGGGCUUUGAAUUUAUUGACUGAACGGCGGGUUGCAUGGGACUCCAUCUACGGACCUCCUCAUUGAAGGUCCAUGAGGUCUGUCGGGAUCAUCUCCAGGAAACCUGGCGAAAUUUUGAAAUGCAGGCUGUACUACCUAUGAUGCGGUUGAAGCAGAAGCAGAGCCUGAUGAGCAGACUGGGGUAGGCAAAGGACCAACAAGACACGACAAUGUUACUUUAUAGGCCCGAAGGUAUGCCCCUGAGAAAAGCCAUGGAGGGUUAUGCACCUCUUCGGCAUUGAUGUACUUGUUUGAUAUUCUAGUUCUUUCCCCAGUAAGCGCCACCAGAAAGAUAAUGGUCC